AUGCUUUGGAUCUCAAAACGUACGGGGCAAAUUAACGAGAGAAAGAAAGAUAAGAUCUGUCCUCUACUAUACUUCAAUUCUAAAGAGAAAGACCCUACCUUUCUCCUCUCCUCCUUCACUUUCUCAAACCAGUUUAUCCAAGGAAGAUUCUUCGGAUUCGACCCAGAUCUUGUUUUGCUUUUUUCUCUGAGCUUGAAUAGUGUCAAUAAUGGCGACUCCUUAUCCUGGAGCGAUGCAGGCGAGUUUCAUUCCAGAAAAAAAAAUUUGAUAUUUUUAUUCCUUAAUUCGCUGUUACGGGUGGGUUCGUACUUUGUGGGACAGUACUAUCAAGUGUUGCAGCAGCAGCCAGAUCUUAUUCAUCAGUUUUACUCCGAGAGUAGUAAAGCGAUCCGUAUCGAUGGUGGUUCGAGCGAGACUGCUAACACUUUACUGCAUAUUCACAACAUGAUCAUGUCAUUGAAUUUCACUGCGAUCGAAGUGAAGACGAUCAAUUCGAGUGAGUCAUGGGAAGGUGGUGUGCUCGUGGCGGUCUCUGGCUCUGUGAUUACCAGAGAGUUCAGCAACAGGAGGAGUUUCGUGCAGACUUUCUUCCUUGCUCCUCAGGAGAAGGGCUAUUUCGUUCACAAUGAUAUAUUUCAGUUUGUUGAUGAAGGAACUGUCUUCUAUCAUCAACCUUCUUAUUUAUCUGAAUCCAAGCAUGAGCAGGCUCAGCUUAAUCCUCCAAGCCCUCCUCAUCAUGAGCCCCAAGUUCCUGACUAUGUUCUGGAGCAAGAGGCGAGAGAUUAUGUGAGUGCGGUCCAAAUCAAAGAUGAUCUUGUAGAUAAGUACAGUCUGCAAGAGGAACAGCAUCAUCAACCUCAGCAUGAAGAGUAUGAGGAUGAAGUAGCGGUUGAGGAAGCACCUAGGGAGGAAGUUGUGGUUGAUGUGGUACAUGAGCCUCGGUCUGUGCAAGCAGAGGAACCCGUUGGUGAAAAAUCGAAGAUGAGUUACGCUUCCAUUUUACGAGUUGCAAAAGAAGCUGCUGCUGUGCCUGUGCCUGUAGCUGCAACACAACCAUUAUAUAACAAGAACUCUCAAGAUCUUAAUGAGUGGGAUCAACCACUGCAGACUCCUUCCCCUCAGGUGGCUGCGCCUCAGCAACCAAACGCUUCUUCUCCGUAUGUUACUGACUAUGGAGCAGAAGCAGAUGAUGGCUUCGGAUUUGAAGACUUUGAGAUCAAAUCAGUGUACGUUAGGAACCUGCCUUCCAACAUAUCUGCUUCUGAAAUCGAGGAUGAGUUUAAGAACUUUGGCACAAUCAAGCCUGAUGGUGUUUUCCUCAGAACACGCAAGUUUAUAGAAGAACCAAAGCUAACAAUCUUCAUUCAAACCACGCAGGAUGUUAUUGGCGUUUGCUAUGCUUUUGUUGAGUAUGAGGACAUGACUUCCGUCGAGAAUGCUAUUAAGUUUUUCCUUCUGUGUCACAAACAGGCUUCUCCUAUAUACUUAGGAGGAAGACAAGUAUACGUUGAGGAACGAAGACCAAAUCCCGCUGGUGUUCGCGGAGCAAGACGAGGAGGAGGAGUAGGAGGACGGGGAAGAGGCGGUUACCCAACGGAAGCCACAAGAGGCCGGUUUGGUUCACGUGUAACCGGGAGAGGAAACCAGGAAGGAGGCCAAGAGGCAAUGGUUACUACCGUGGUGCUGGCCGCUAAGGGAAGAAGAAAAGAAAAAGCUCUGCUGAAUCUCUUCUAUAAAAUGAAUGAUUCAGAGUGCUUUGAUUUUCUCUUACCACCCAUUCCUUUGAGAAUCCGGAUAAUCAUGGAUCAAGUCGCAAGUUCGAAACUACUGUACAUAAUUAAUGUUCUCUUUGUUUUUCUUAAAACACAAAGAGAGUUUCCGCCAUUAAAGGAACCUGAAACCUUCUCCCUCCCAGUUUCUCUUCCCCAGUGGCCUUCAGGUCAAGGCUUUGCUUCAUCAAGAAUCAAACUAUGCCCCGAAUUAGAAGUAGCAGAGAUCACAACUUUCGAAUUCAUAUGGAGAUACGUCUCUCCUCGAGACAAGAACAAGAGUGCUUCUUUCUACAAACCAGACAGAACACCAGACGGCUUCCACUGUUUAGGUCACUACUCUCAGUCUGAUUCUCACCUCUUGAGAGGCUUCCUUCUCGUAGCAAGAGAACUCGUUGUCGAUUCUCAAGAAGCUGCACUUGUGAAACCGCUUGAUUACACAUUGGUCUGGACCUCAAACGACUUAUCCGAACAAGAACAUAAGCACGGCGAACACGGUUACUUCUGGCUACCGCAGCCUCCUCGAGGGUAUAAACCAAUCGGAUUCUUGGUCACAACGAGCUCUUCGAAGCCUGAGUUGGAUCAAGUGAGAUGCGUUCGUGCUGAUCUAACCGAUAAAUGCGAACCACAUAGAGUCAUUGUCACAGCUGUAUCUGAUUCUUUAAGCGUUCCUCUGUUUAUAUGGAAGACGAGACCUUCGGAUCGUGGAAUGUGGGGGAAAGGAGUCUCUGUAGGUACAUUCCACUGCGCGAUCGCAACACAAGAUCAAGAUCAAGAACAAGAAGAUCUUGCGUGUUUGAAAAGCCUCGAUUCGAGCUUACACGCGAUGCCGAACAUCGAACAAAUCCAUGCUUUGGUUCAACAUUACGGUCCGAGAGUGUUCUUCCAUCCUGAUGAAGUUUACUUGCCUUCUUCAGUGUCAUGGUUCUUCAAGAACGGUGCGGUUUUGUGCAGUUCAGAUUCGGAGUUUCAUGAGCCUGUUGAUGAGAAUGGUAACAAUCUGCCUCAUGGAGGAAGCAAUGAUAAACAGUUUUGGAUCGAUUUGCCAAGAAACGAUGAAGAAAAGUGCAGGUUUCUCAAGCGUGGAGAUAUCGCAAACGCGAAGCUAUACGUUCACGUUAAGCCGGCGUUUGGAGGAACGUUUACGGAUUUAGCGUUUUGGAUCUUCUGUCCUUUUAACGGACCUGCGACUCUGAAGCUAGGGAUCGUGAAUCUCCCGCUGGUUAAAACCGGUCAACACGUUUGCGAUUGGGAACAUUUCACUCUCCGUGUAAGCAAUUUCUCCGGCGAGCUUUACGCCGUUUACUUCUCUCAGCAUAGCGGCGGAGAGUGGAUCGAAGCUCAGGAUCUGGAGUUCCCGCCGUGGCUGGGUUAUAUGAGAGAGUGGGGGCCGAAGAUUGUGUAUGGAUCGAGAACGGAGAUUGAGAGGUUGAACGAGAGAUUGCCGUGGAGGAUGAGGUGUUGGGUUAAUGCGGUGUUGAGGAAGCUCCCGGUGGAAUUAUCCGGCGAGGAAGGACCAACGGGACCGAAGGAGAAGAAUAAUUGGUUCGGUGAUGAGAGAUGGUGA